AUCAAAGGAAAAACAGAAAAAGCGAUGACCUUUUAGCAAAACAAUUCACCUACUGCAAUUUUAACAGUAAGAAUUCUGUUUUGCUACCUUGUCGAACUCUCUAGAAGCCAUGGAUUACGAAGGAGAUCCUCCUCCGUCUUUUGAUCCCAUGAAAAAUAUGACCAAAGAUGUUGAAGUUCAAGGAUUCAACCCAGGAUUGAUGGUCUUAAUUGUUGUUGGCGGGCUCUUACUGGCGUUCCUUGUUGGGAACUAUUUACUUUACAUGUAUGCACAGAAAACACUUCCUCCAAAGAAAAAGAAGCCAGUUUCCAAGAAGAAACUAAAGAGGGAGAGACUGAAGCAAGGUGUUUCAGCACCUGGUGAAUAGAUAUCUUGGACACACCUGUAUUCCCCUUGUUCCUUUUGAUAGAAGAUGUUCCUAGUCAGUAGAUGGUUGUACUUUAUAGUUUUACCAAUUUCCCACCAUCAUAGAUAGAACUUAACCAAAAGAUUCUGCUAUUUUUAUAGUGACUACCCAUUUCCCUAAUCUCUUCUAGAGAGAACUAUUGCUCUUCUUACCUUGCUGUUAUGUCCAAAUUUCUGGCUAGGUUAAUGCUUAGCGUUGCUUUCAUGGUUUUGUGAAAUUCCUUUAGCCCUUGAAAGAUAACAGUUGCAUUGAAAUAAAUGCUCACUGCUUAAAAGAAAA